UUUUGCCAAAUUCUUUUACAGAGAAAAGAGAUUCACCUAACCUGGCACAAUCACAGAGAUCGAAUAUUUGACGACAGCAGACUAACGCAGGAUGAUGAAGAUAUCAGGAAGAAUCACUUGGUGCUGUGUAGCUCUGCUCCUCGCCCUGACUUCUGUGUCGGCUGUACAGAAAGAGCUCGAUUCAAUCGAUGAUUUGAAGCAAAUCAACUUUCGCCAAUCUGUGCCCAAGCACAGUCUUCUGCUGCUCCACUGGUUUGCCAACAAGAUCGACAUCGACAACAACGAUAUUAUACGGCUAGCCUUUGACCUAAACAGUGGAGAUUAUGGCUCACACCAUUAUGGUAACUUUGAGGGGCUGCUGGACCCACUGCCUCGGGGAAAUCAACACCGCUACUACACUAUAGGAAAUCUCUAUAGAGAAGCACCGAUCCAACUUCCUCCUUAUGUAGUGCAUCCCCGAAGGCAGUAUGUGGGAGAGAACAGGGACAGGAUCAUAGCUCGAGUCAGAGACCCAAACAUAGAAGGGCGAGUGCACCGGAGGAUAGACAGAGUGUUUAUCACACAGCAUUACGACACUAAUGAAAAUCUGGGCACACCUUAUGAUCCAGAUCACACAUACAGGAUCACUAUUAACCUCCUGAGACAGAUCAGAGAGUUUGCAGUGGGACAAAACCAACAGCAACUGAUGCAUCUCAGAAACCGCUUUGGAAGCAGCGCUGAUGGCUUCGACAUUGUAAACACAUGGGGUGAACUUGCUUGCCUUGGACUGCUGUUGUAUAUCGUUUUCCAGGAAAAGCCCUCCUCUAACCAACAGAACAACCGCCCGGAAAACGAAAUAAAUCCUUGGAAUGGGAUAAACAGCUAUAUUCCUAGAAUUCUUCCAAGCUUUGGUGACGUUGUGGUGAAUAUCAACGACGCUGAAGACCACGAAGCCAUCAGGACAACAGGAAACAUCAUCGCAGUACCACGGAUCAACGUCCGGAGGUCGUUCCGUUACAACCCCAAAGACUGA